CAUUGACACAGCUCCCAAGGUGCAUCGUUUCCACAACUUCCUCUCACUGGCUGAUCCCAGCUCGUUUUCAGCCAUCAUCGCCAUUGUCGCCCACAUCGGCUGACCCCAGCUCUCUCGUAUCAAUUGCUAUCAGCCUCGAGGUGACAUUGGCAUCUUGCACUCGACCUUGGGAGCUCCUUCAAGCCUCGUAACACACAAGCAGCAGCAAUUAUGGCGGGAACUUUCUCCUUCGGUGCUCUCAAGGACGCACCCCCCGCGGCCAUUCACCAGUUCGUGGAGGAGGAGCAGCGCCGAUUCGAUGCGGAGGUCGCGGAGGUCGAGGCGUGGUGGGCGUCUGGUCGGUUUUCUCUCACCAACCGGCCGUACACCGCCAGAGACGUCGUCCGCCUCCGGGACAGCCUUCCCAAGAUGUACCCGUCGGGCGCGCAGGCUAAGAAGCUGUACGCGCUUCUGAAGCAGCACCAGGCCAACGGCACGUGCUCGCGCACGUUCGGGUCACUGGAUCCGGUGCAGGUGGCGCAGAUGGGCAAGUACCUGGACUCGAUCUACGUGUCGGGGUGGCAGUGCGCGUCGACGGCGGCGUCGUCGAACGAGCCCGGGCCGGACCUGGCGGACUACCCGUACGACACGGUGCCCAACAAGGUGGAGCACCUCUUCCUCGCGCAGUCGUUCCACGACCGCAAGCAGCGCGAGGCGCGCUUCAACAUGACCAAGGAGGAGCGCGCGCGCUCGCCGUUCGUCGACUACCUGGCGCCCAUCAUCGCGGACGCCGACACGGGGUUCGGCGGCAUCAGCGCGACGGUGAAGCUGGUGAAGAUGUUUGUGGAGCGCGGCGCGGCGGGCAUCCACAUGGAGGACCAGGCGUCGGUGACGAAGAAGUGCGGGCACAUGGCGGGCAAGGUGCUCGUGUCCACGCAGGAGCACAUCAACCGCCUGGUGGCGGCGCGCCUGCAGAUGGACAUCAUGGGCACGGAGACGGUGCUGGUGGCGCGCACGGACGCGGAGGCGGCGACGCUCAUCAUGACCAACGUGGACAAGCGCGACCACGCCUUCAUUCUCGGCGCCACCAACCCGCGCCUGCGCGACCAGCCGCUCGUGCAGGUGAUGGCGGACGCGCAGGCGGCGGGAAAGACGGGGCAGCAGCUGCAGGCCAUCGAGGACCAGUGGACGGCGGCGGCGGGGCUGCGCCUCUUCGCGGACGCCGUCGCCGACGCCAUCCGCGCGCUGCCGCUGGCGGAGGGCGAGCGCGCGCGGCGCCUGGAGCAGUGGUCCGCGCAGGCGGGCGCGGUGUCGAACGCGGAGGGACGCGCGCUGGCGGCGAAGCUGGGCGUGACGGAGCUGUUCUGGGACUGGGACCUUCCGCGCACGCGCGAGGGCUACUACCGCUUCCAGGGCAGCACCAAGGCGUGCGUGGCGCGCGGCAUCGCGUUCGCGCCGCACGCGGACCUGGUGUGGAUGGAGACGGCGAAGCCGACCAUCAGCCAGGCGCGCGAGUUCGCGGAGGGCGUGAAGGCGGCGCACCCGCAGCUGAUGCUGGCGUACAACCUGUCGCCGUCGUUCAACUGGGACGCGUCCGGCAUGAGCGACGCGCAGAUGGCGGAGUUCAUCCCUGCGCUCGCGCGCAUGGGCUUCUGCUGGCAGUUCAUCACGCUCGCCGGCUUCCACGCCAACGCGCUCGUCACCGACACGUUCGCGCGCGACUACGCGGCGCGCGGCAUGCUGGCGUACGUGCAGGACAUCCAGCGUCAGGAGCGCGCGUUCGGCGUGGAGACGCUGGCGCACCAGAAGUGGUCCGGCGCCAGCUACUACGACUCGCUCAUGAAGACCGUCACGGGCGGCGUCUCCUCCACCGCCGCCAUGGGCCACGGUGUGACGGAGGACCAGUUUGGUGGGGCUGUGUGCAAGAUGUGAGUGCCAAGGAGCUGAGGAACACGAGGGGAUCUAGCAUCGAACUUUCUCCAUGAGCCUACUUGCCUGCCUGCCUGCCUCCCUGCUUGCUGCAUGGCACAAGGAGCUCCUGGGCAGUGGUUGGUGAGACGAGAGAUGCUGGAUUUCCAGCAGCAGCAAGAAGAGUGGCAUACUGGUACAUCUCUUGUGAAGCAGCAGAAGUGCCAGCAAGAGCACACCAUCUGUAGGUGACUGUACAAGUGGUCCAUACCAUGCUCCACACACGUAUUUCGUUUCUAUUAGUUCACAUCCAUAUUAUCACUCCAUCUCAUCAAUGCAUAGCAGCUAGCCCCGAGCCUUUUUGUUUCUGUAAUGCCAAUUGGUAUCAAUAAAAGUGUCAGUAAUCU